AUGGUAAUCAACAGCUAUGUGUUUCAUCCGGAAAUGGAAGACUGGGUUGGAGUUGAGAUAAGUGGCGCCAAGGUUGUCUCAGAAGAGGACCGGUGCAACGGUGGAACACAUGUGAAGCUCAGGCAGAAGAGAGCAAUGCCAAGCCAGUUCAGCUGCGGCAACCGCAAUGGCUUUGUACUCUGCCUCGGUGGAGCUACGAGCUAUGGUUUUAUGUUUCUUGGAUGCCCAUGA